ACCUCCAAUCAUCUUACACUCACGGAGAUAACGCGAACGAUUUGAGAUGUUUCAACGCAGAGUACGCCGGACAGAAUGCCAAUGGAACUGGCAGGACCCUGACAGAUGAUGUUUUGGAAGCACACAACAUUCGUCAUGAGCGAGUGCCACCGUUAACGUUGCUUCCGAGCGCGCCGAUAGCUCACCUCAGUACAAGUAGAUCAAUUGAGCGCGAUACUUCUCAGUAUUAACCAGAGACAUCUCCGUGCCCCUUUCUUGUUCCCCGAUUGCACCUACAAGCACCGCAUCAAACUAGAUAGCUCUCAACCGCCAUCAUGGACCCCAACAACGCCAACUCCAAGAUCCGCAAGACACCGCAAUAUGCGAUGUACCAGCGAAAGAACUUCUGGAAGAUCAAUGACGGCGAGACACCGCUGUUCAACACUGACCCAGGCAAACUCGAAGAACAAGCCAAAGCCAAGCUCACCCAGAACGGCUGGUACUACGCCUCGUCCAACGCGGGGCAAUCGCACACGCACACGGCGAACCGACAAGCCUUCUACCGCCACCGCAUCAUCCCGCGCAUGCUCGUCGACACGAACAAGCGCGACACUAAGACGAGCAUCUUCGGCCACGAGGUAAACGCACCCAUUGGCUUUGCGCCCGUUGGUAUUAACAAGAUCUACCACCCAUCUGGCGAACGCCCCGUCGCUUCGGCCGCAGGCGGUCUUGGUCUGCCCUACGCGCUCUCAACAGCUGGCUCGCAACCCAUUGAGGAUGUGGGCAAAGCGAACGAUGAGGGCGCUGCGAAGAGCAAAGACGGCAGCGGUUCAGCAGUCCGCUUCUUUCAGCUGUACAUGCCUCACGACGACGAGCUCACUCGCUCGCUUCUCCAACGCGCCGUCGACUCUGGCUUUACAGCCUGUAUUCUAACGCUUGAUACAUGGCAGCUUGGGUGGCGCCACGACGAUGUCGCGACCUCCAAUUAUGCGUUCUACCACGGCAUUGGCGCCGACUUGGGGCUCUCUGACCCCGUAUUCCAGCAGCGCCUGAAAGAAGCCAACAUAGACCCAAAGACGCAACCCAACGAAGCAGGCGCCAUGUGGAUCGACAAUGUCUGGCACGGGAGAGCGCAUACAUGGGAGAAGGCACAGUGGGCCAUGAAGCUGUGGAAGGAGUUGAGCGGCGGUAAACCAUUCUGCCUCAAGGGUAUCCAGAGCGUGGACGACGCAAAGAAGAGCGUCGAGUACGGCUUCGACGGCAUCGUAGUGUCCAACCACGCUGGGCGACAGGUUGAUGGCGCGGUUGCGAGUCUCGAUGCGCUGGAGAGGAUUGUAGACGCGGUGGGAGAUAGAACAUACAUUAUGUACGACUCGGGCGUGCGCUCCGCCAGCGACGUCUUCAAGGCUCUCGCGCUCGGCGCGCAAUUUGUAUGGGUGGGAAGACUGUGGAUCUGGGGCCUUAGCAUCAUGGGUGAGACGGGCGUGGACCACGUCAUUAGAAGUUUGUUGGCAGACUUGGAUAUCCUUAUGAACGUUGGAGGCUACACGUCGAUCGAGGAGAUCAAGAAGGCGGGGAGGAGUGCGUUGGAGAGUGGGGAGAAGAAUUACUCGCUGUUGCCAUUUACGAGCAAGUUGUAGUUCAGUUGCAGACAGAAGGCAACAAGUCAGUAGGCACAGAUGUUUCUGCACUGUUGAACG